AUGGAUAACUUUACUAAAUUUCAUACAAGAAGGCCAUACUUCAACGUUAACACAAUUCUAGACUUUGCUCCUUUAACGGAGCCCCAAAAGGUCCACUUAACAAAGGUUUACACGACACUGGCCUUUUCAGCUCUCGUAACUUUUCUGUCUGUCGUGAUAAACGGACCAUGGACCAUACUUCACCCGUUAUUUGGAGUAUUCUUAGUCUUGGGAAGCAUAUUCUACAUCAUCUUCACGAAAACAAGCAGAAAUGAUUCUAAUUAUAAAAGGCUCGUCGCACUGUUCCUUUUCUCUCUAGGACUAGGAAUCACUUAUAGAAACUACAUACUCCAGGCUUUCGUCUUCAAACCAGAAAUCGUCACGACCGCACUCAUGGGAUCAAUUGGAAUUUUUGGUUCAUUCUCUCUGGCAUCACUCUUCAUGAAAACUAGGAUGGCAAUGUACUUAGGAGCACUGAUUUUCUCACUCUCCAACUACAUCGUGAUGGUCAACUUUGCGAACUACUUCUUCAGAUCAAGAUUCGUUAACAACGUUACGCUCAUCCUAGGACUGUUUCUGUUCGUAGGGUACAUUGCCUUUGAUACACAAAUGGUACUAAGGGAAGUGAAGAAUGGAAACGAAGACUACAUAUACCAUGCAAUGAUGCUUUACUAUGACCUCUUUGCACUCUUCCUGGAACUACUCAUAUACUUAAUGGAAAAAGAAAAAAGUAAAUCAAAAAAAGAGAAAAAAUGAACGAAAAUACGGAUCUUAACAGACUGGCAACUUUUUACAGUUUUUGAAACCUUAUUAUCUAAUAUGUCCUUAAAGGAUAUAGAAGAUCAAGUCCAUUAACCUUCAUUGGCAUAUUUAAAGGAUAAAUUACUUCUUUUUAAUCAAAAAUAGGUCCCAGGAUGUAGGGUCAGUCUGACGGGUGGUCGAAGAUUGAAAAUUCAGAAUAAAAAUAAACUAAAUAUUAUUUCUAAU